GCAGCAGAUAAAGGAUCAGAUGUGACACAAACAAGAAAGCUAUUAAUACAACAGAAUCAUAAUCAACAAAUGUUUGGAAAAUGGGAAGCCGAAGUUUACAGUCAGAAUAGGACUGCAUCUUAUAUUGAUAAAACAAAAAUAGUAAAUAAUGUUUCUACAGACGUGGUACUUAUUGUGGGUGAAAAAGAGGGAUGGGAAUUGAUAGGUUCCGAAAUAUCUCUUGAGUUUGAUUUAACAGCCGAGGAAUUUGACAUUUUGCUAAAUAGCUCUUUAGAUGUUCCAAUGACACUUUUACCUGUAAUUCGUCACAUCUAUCUCCAAUUAAGGGUGGAACCAGGAAUAAGAAAUGACACAAACAGACCAAACAGAAGUCCAGUUGUUCUUGUGAAACCUCUAUAUAGUUUAGAGAUAGGGAAGAUACACACGAUACACCUUACUUCUGUUGACAAUGAUGGAGAUGCAAUACGCUGUGUGAAAUCGAUAUAUGUGGAAUCUUCAGGAAUGGGAAGCUUUGUAAAGAACUUAACAAAUCAAAAUCUGUUGUUCCUUAAUCGAACGGUGUGUAUUACUGCAAUUAUUUUGAACAUAUAUUUUGGAACGUUUUUUUAA